AUGGCCGACUUCCAGAACAUCGCUGAACAAUUCGUUCAGUUCUACUACAAGACCUUCGAUGAGAACCGCUCUGCCCUCGGUGCCCUCUACAAGGACCACUCUAUGCUCACCUUUGAGAACUCGCCCGUUCAAGGUGCCGCUGGCAUCACUGAGAAGCUCGUCGGUCUGCCUUUCGCCAAGGUUCAGCACGAGGUUUCUAGCUUGGACGCUCAGCCCUCCAACGAGGCCGGUGGUAUUCUGGUCCUUGUUGCCGGCAGACUUCUUGUCGACGAGGAGCAGAGACCCAUGAGCUACACCCAGUCCUUCCAGCUUCUGCCCGAUGGUGCCGGCAGCUACUACGUCUUCAACGACAUCUUCAGACUCGUCUACGCUGCCGCAUAA